UCUGUCGUUCAUGUCCCGCCUCCCCCAAAAUCAACGGGAAGUUCUUUGCAGUUAGUUCUCCAUCAUUCCGAGUACUUGUGAGAAAGAUAGUUGUAAAGGUAACGUUAGCUAUAUUUCAUCGCGGAUUUCGGAACACAGUUGUGUAUUUCGGUGAAUUAAGGAAGAAUGGAUUACGUUCACACCCCUGCUUUCCGCUUGGAGCCCUCUGGUGCCCUCACCCUGAGGGCAUCGGAAGAGGCUGCCAGGGUUGCCAGGACCAUCCAGGAGGAAGAGUGUACAGGUGUAGUCCGGGUGCUGAAGCCACGACAAGUGAAGGAGAAGGCAAAGGCUUGUGUGGUAGCCAGAGGGGGUGACCCGGAUGAUAGCCGACUGGUGGACAGUGAGAGUGCCAUCCAGUUCGGCAAAUACCGGGGUCAAACCUUCAAGUGGCUGCUAAGCCACGAUGUCGGCUAUGCCGUCAUGGUCUUGGCUUCUCACCAGCAAGAGAGGGAGAUGGGGGACACAAACACGUCUUCUGAAAUGGCCAACAAGGACCGGUUUGACUGGUAUACCAACCUGUUUCCUGAGGUCCAGAAGGCAGUGGAGGAACGCAGGGUACGGGACGGGACCUUGCCCCCCCGACCUGACCAGGAGGACACAGCAACAGCUUUAGCGCCUCCUAAUCCAUCUGCCGAGCCAUCAGAUCAGGAGUUGCUGUCUAUCUGCGUGGGUUUUGACCAAGCAUUAACAGGAUACACUUUAAAGUGGUAAGGUAAGUGGUCAAAUUGUUAAAACACCUCCUAGCUGGGCUUAGAAAUCACUGUAGAAUUUCUCAUUUUUGCAUCCAUUUUGCUUGCCAUAGAAAAAUCCUUCCUCAUCUUUUUGUGGAAUGAAUUGUUUACUGUAGCUUGUCUUGUCACCAUUCCAACCUGUAUUUCAGUCUGCGUCACUUUGAUUGGCCUAUUCCUUGCUUGUAGAUGUCUACCCACUAUACAUCUGUUGUUUGUAUCUUUUAAAUGUAGAUUGUGUUUAACCUAGAUUCCUAACCUCUACCACUGAAAACACUGAUCAAAACUAAACCAAAGUGCAUUGGCUGUCAACAGGCUGUUAACAUGUUUUGAAGCUGAAGCUCUAUUCUAAUUGAAUUAUUUCACUUAUUUCUCUGAAAUAUUUUGUGAGACUAACUCCUGUGCUCCUGUAGCAGUUCCUACUGCUCCCACCCCCACCGCACCCCCUGCUGUGCUAGCUCCUCCNUGCUCCCACUCCCACCGCGCCCCCUGCUGUGCUAGCUCCUACUGCCCCUCCUCAGCUCCAGUCAACCUCCCAGCCAACAGCUGGACCACUACAGCCUGCUGCUGACGCUCAGGUGCUUCUCCCUGAGGGAUGGAAGCAGACCCUCCCAAAGGAGCAGCAAGAGUGGGUCAGUCAGGCCAUUUUCAUCAGGAACAAGCAGCUCAAAUGUGUCCUGAAAAGCCAGCUUGAGCUGUGGUACUUCCCUCCUCUGCCUCCUAACAUCAGCCAUCAGCCUCCAGCUUCUCCCUCCGCCUACUUCCUCCGGCCAUUCUGCCUCUGGAUGCCCUACCGUCUUUGGGCCUUUAAGUUUGUGUGCACCCAGCCACGGUGCAAGCGUCAAAAGCUCACAGGCUGUGGGGUGUACAAGACAGUCCGGAGGGUGCUUGACAUGGACGGCUGGUAUUUUAUGGAGACAGAGUACCUGGAGUGCCGCCUCUGUAAGAAGAAGCUAGCAGGAUGGUCGCUGGAUAUCUUGGACCAGCUGGACGCAAGUCAUCGCUCCAUUUUCCCAGCCAUCUUGACUUACAGGCUGUCCUGUGACCUGAAGGUGGUCAGGCUGAUGAGAGAGAGGACACUGGGGAACAGUGCGACCAGGCUGUACAACCAGCUGAGGGAGCAGCACAGCCUGACCUGGAUGAGUCGGACCCUGUACUACCUGUCCGUCUGUGACCACUUUGUAGUCCCAGGUGCCGCACCACUGAGGGUAACACCUCCUCCUCCCUUUUUGGAUGUUCCCUCAGCCCAGUGGCUCCUGACUGUCCACGGCUACGACGUUCUGUUCCAGCUGGAGGACUUCAAGGCCAGAGUCACCUCCAUCUUUGGGUCCAUCCUGAAGAUGGAUUCAACCAAGAAGGUGACCAAGAAACUAGCUGGGGCAGCACACGGGACAGCAGCGUGGGCCACAAAUGUGGGCAAUGAGUACGGCCAGGUGCUCAUUACGGUCCUCACUGACAGCGAAGGAGAGGGCCUGCUCGACAUGGCAGCUGGCCUCCAGCAGCGCUACAGUAGAGCUGGAGUGGCACCUCCCAAGCUGCUCUACGUCGACCGGGACUGCUGCGCCCUGAUGGGAAAGGGGAAGACGGCAGCCAUGUUCAGCCAGUGGGAUGAACUCAUCGUCCGGCUGGAUGUGGGGCACCUCAUACGUCGCUUUGCUCGGGGAGUGACAACAGAGAGCCAUCCUCUGUAUGCUCUCUUUUUGCGGCGGCUCUCCUCCUGCAUGUUGGUGUGGUGUGCAGAUGAUGUGGAGCGCCUGCUGGAGGCCAAGCGAGGUCAGCUCAAGGAGAGCCACAUCACGGGGCUCAGCGACGCACAGGUGUUGAAGAGGAUCAGCCUGAAGGGGAUGGCUCGGCACUGUCGUCGUCGCCGCACGCGCGGGGCGGAGGAGACCGAGCGUCUCAUCGGGGAGCUCCUGGAGACCUUCAUCGAUGCCACAGACACCCCGGGCGUCCGGCUCCUGGACCGUGACCGAAUGCAGGCCAUCUGGCAGACCCAGAGACGACACCUGGUCUGUAUUCAGGACCCCCCUGGUGUCAGCAUCUACACCAACAAGGGCAAGGACGUGACCAAGGGAGGGGUCAUCCUGCCUGUGUUAGGUUGCGCCCGUGAGUCCACCUCCCUGGAGUCUUUCCACCUCCACCUCAACCGCUUCAUUCCUGGAACAAGUGCGUAUGCCGAGCACUUUCAGGCCUACCUCCUUGAAGGGUUGGUUCGGUGGAAUGAGGACCGUGCCGAAGCUGCAGCGGAGGGGGGGGACAGAAGCAGACCCUGCACUGCUAUGAUGGUGUAGCCCAGCACGCCAUCAAUGAGCUGAGCCAGAAGCUCCUGGGCUGCAGUCUUGUGAAGGAUCACACAAGGCCUGCAAAGUACACUGGGGAACUCAUUGGGGUCGAGUAUCUCUUCUCCCAGACCCAUGGUGACCAGAGGUUGGAGUCCAACCUCGGUAAGGACCCGGAUGUCCCAGACGGGACACCUGAUCUAUUUGAGGGAGGAGAGGGAGAGGAGGAUGACCUGAGAGAGCUUGAGGAGGAGGAUGACCCCACCAUGUCCUUGCCCGACCUCGAUGACCAUCUCCCACCAGUCGCUCCACUCAGGAAGGCCGCUCCACCGCCCACUCAACCCAACCCAUCCCAGGUACC